UUACCUUCCGAUCGCCUCCGCUUCGCCAUCGUAGCAACCAUCCAAGCUCCAUGCCGAGAGGAAGAGGCGGCGGGGACUCCGCGUUCUUCCUCCCCUCCACGAAGUCGAUGCCGCUGUACGAUCACGCCGACGACGACGACAAUGGCGACGCGGAGAUCCGUGGCUUCCGGACCUUCCUUCGGUGGAUGUGUCUCGACCAGUCGGAUGCGUGCCGUGCCGCGUUCUCCUGGUUGGUCUUCCUACUAUUCGCCGCCGCCGUCCCGGCAUUCUCCCACUUCGGCCUCUUUUAUGCCGCUGAUCGACGCCCCUACGACCUCGUCGCCCAGACCUCCCUCACCGCGGCCGCCGCCCUCUCGUUCAUCACCCUCUCCGCCCUCACGCGCCGCUACGGGCUUCGGCGCUUCCUCUUCCUCCACAUCCGCGCCGACUCCGACCGCGUCCGCCAUGCCUACGCUGCCGAGAUCCGCCGAUCCUACCGCCUCCUCGCCGCCUUCGUCGUGCCCUGCUUCGCGGCGGAGACAGCGUGCAAACUUGCCUGGUACGGCGCCGGCGCGGGGAGGGUUCCCUUCUUCGACGGCCACCCCGUGGCAGCCGGGUGCACCGCCUGCGCCCUCGAGCUGGCCUCGUGGAUCUACCGCACGGCCAAUUUCUUCCUCGUCUGCGUCCUCUUCCGUUUGAUCUGCCAUCUGCACAUCCUCCGGCUGCAGGACUUCGCGGCGGUGUUCGAGGAGGAGUCCGACGUGGAGGCGAUCCUCCGGGAGCACCUCCGCGUGAGGCGGCAGCUCAAGGUCAUCAGCCACCGCUUUCGGGUCUUCAUCCUGUUGGGCAUGGUCACGGUCACGGCCAGCCAGUUCGCGACCGCACUCGUCACCCUCCGCCCCAACUCCGACGACAACCUCUUCAACACCGGGGAACUCGCCCUGUGCUCCAUCGUCCUCGUGACGGGGCUAUUCAUCUGCCUGCGCAGCGCCGCCAAGAUCACUCACAAGGCUCAGGCGCUGACGAGCCACGCCACCAAGUGGCACAUCUGCGCCACGUUGGAGUCCUUCGCCGUCGACCGACCAUCAGAGCCGGUGAAUAUGGCCACCACUUCCAGUGCGAUUGAAGCAGAGGAAGAGGACGACGAAGAAGGGAGCAGUGAGAAAGACGAACUGGAAGGCACCAAGGUCUUGUAUCCUCAUGCGCACACCAUCAGCUUCCAAAAGAGACAAGCACUGGUGACGUACCUGGAGAACAACAGAGCAGGUAUCACCAUCUUCGGCUUCACCAUGGACAGGGCAUGGCUCCACACCAUCUUCAUGCUUGAGGUGGUGCUCUUCCUGUGGCUCCUGGGGAAGACCGUAGGCAUUUCUUGAGACUUCAAUUUCUCCAUUUCCUGUUCUGAUUUACGUUCCUGUUUUAUUGUCUAAACCACAU